UAAACUCUAAGGCGUUUGUGUGUAACAGUAUGAUAAGUACUAGACUAAGUGUAUAAAAGUGACCAUUAGUGCACGAUAACGAAUGUAUCGCAUAAAACUUAGAUAUAAUGUUUUGUCGAGAUUUCUUAUAUGUUUUAUAAUUUUGUUAAUUGCUUGGAUUGUUUUAUUGCAAUACAUCAAUUAUUCCAGUGGGAAAAUAAUGUUACCAAUGCAUUGGAAACUGUCGGAUAAAUGUAAUAUAGCUAAAAGAGAAGAUAUUGACAAAAUUAUUGGAAGAUGGGGUAGGCAAUUGAUAAAUAUCUCUAAUUAUAUUAAACCUGUUCUUUAUAACAUUUCUAGAGAGACAUGUUUUGAUAAUUUUUAUCCAGAUUUUGAAUCAAACAUAAGAAAAGUAAUAAACUACAAAAUAAAUACAAAUGCGCCGUGUGUAGAAAAUACUGAUCUAGAUCGAGACUAUGUGGAAUUGGAUUCGAUCAAUAACAGAUAUAAUGAUAUACCUGUGAUAGUGACUGCAGCUUCAAGUGAUCAUUUCCAUGAAGUCCAAGCAUUAUUAAAGUCAAUUCAUACAAAAUUGAUUCCAAUUUACAAGAAUAUAAAAGUGAUAUUUUAUGACAUUGGAUUAACACAGAAAGAGAAUGAAGCGAUGAAAGAUUAUUGCAAAUGUGAAGUGAGGACGUUUAAAUUUGAUCAAUUUCCACCCCAUGUCCGCGUAUUAGGAGCCUAUGCGUGGAAACCGUUGAUUAUUUUCGACAUCUUGAAGGAUUUUAAUUUUGUAAUGUGGUUAGAUUCGUGCAUACGAUUUUUAAAUCACGGAUUAAAGGAAAAACUCGAUACCAUUUUCAAAAAGACAAAAUUAGUUGGCUUCCAAUUACAACAAAGCCCUAGAUGGGUAGUGUCUAAACACACAAAACCAGAUACCUUUGGAUAUUUGGAUGAAACAGAAUGCUUGUAUGAUUAUCCUGAACUCGAAAGUGGUUGGAUAGUUAUUUCCAGAAAUCCUUUUGUUGUAAAUACGAUUAUAAAACCUUGGGUAGGAUGUGCCUUGACAGAAAAUUGCAUGUCCCAUCCUUUCCCGCGUUUUUUAAAACCAUGUUCUAAAGACUUGUGGAAGUUUUUACUAUGGACUAAAUGUCACAGAUUUGACCAGUCUGUUUUGAAUAUUAUUAUAAUACGGAUAUUUAACAAAUUUAGAAAAAUAAUAGAAUUUGAUGGAUCACGAAUAGCCAGUAUAUCUAGAGGUGACAAAGUGAAUUAUUUCCCAACCUAAAGUUCUAAUAUAUAUGGACGCAGGACGUUUACGCUUUUUUACCUGCAACAGAAUAGGCCAUUUAAUUGCUCUCCAAACAGUAUUGUUUUGUAAUAAAGCUGGUUCUUUAUUUUA